GGCAGCUAAGACUAGUGGAUGUUGAAGAAGAGGAAAUGGCAGCGAUUAAACAUUUUCCUCUGUUGUAUUUUUUAUAAAUCCACAUGCUUAUUAUAAGAUCCUAGUAAUCCAGGAGCACGAUUCGCUCGCACACCCGACAAGCUAACUAGCUUAGCUUCAGUUCAUUGUAAAGGAAUGAACUCUCUGGUUGGAUACGGAGUGUCCUCGGAAUCUGACAGCGAUGGGGAUGUAAACACCGGUGGAGUUGGUUCUGUUAAGGAGGAUAGUGAUGAGGGCACAGCUGCCAGAAAGAUCCGCAAUUUCUUGCUGGAGUCUGGUUCAGCUUCCAGUGAUUCGGGCAGUGAAGCAGAACCAGAGGAGGUGGAGGAUCCAGAGCCCUCUUCAUCACCACCACACCCCCUAACACCAGCACUGUCUGCGUCCUGUCAGCCUGCCCUGCCCGCACCUUCUCUGGGCUCACUCACCCAGGCUAAUAAACUACCUCCUCCUUCUUUAAAUGCCUGCUCUGACAGCAGUGUGUUUGCCAAUCCUUUCAAGGCUCAGGCAGACCAGAAGCUCAGCGCCUUGCAGAAACAUGUCCCCCUAACAAUGCAGGCCAAACCCUCUCAGAUAGGAGGUAAAAGGAUGUGCGUGUCAUACAGGAAAGACGGAAGGUGCAGGUUUGGGAUCAAAUGCAAGUUUGCUCAUGACAGUGAUCUCCAGACCCCAGUCACUCCCACUGACUGUCAUCCACCUGUGAGCGAUGAAGCACCAGUGUCAGAACAUGUUGAGGCCCAUGCGGGUGGCUCAACAGGUUCCCAGAACCUCACAGAGGAGGAAGGGUCCGGGGGGCAGCAAGUGAAGAAGAGGAGGGUUGGACUGAGUAACACCUUGAUUCCUCCUAAACGAGCAAUGAAGCAGUAUGCCAUGCACAGGGACAGAGAGCGGAUCAAUAUGUCCUGAUGGAUGUUUUCUGAAAUGUAGCACUGUGCUCUCAUAAAGCAAUAGUAUGUAGGUUGGGUGAAAUAUGUUCUCUCAGUGUGUAGGUCUGUAGACACUGUGGACUCAACUCAUAACUCAGCCUUAUGGUUACAUCUGGCAGCAACUCACACAGGAGCUGGAAAUUGAAGGGCCAGCCUUACUAUUAAUGGCCGACCCCUCCACCACCUCUUAACCUGGAGAUGUCCCAGUUGAAUGGAAAGAAAAAUUGUAUGAUGCUUUGGGUCCACCCCCCCCCCAUCCCAAAAAAAAUCUAUUCUAAAACUCAAUGAAAACACUUUGUUUAACUGUUAAGACAUUUAUUUACAUCAUAUAAAUGAACAGUUUUUGUGUUUGCGCUAUCACACAUCCUAUAUCACAGAUCAGAGAGGUGCUGAUUUAGUACUGACAAGGUUAGGGGCACAUUUUGAGUUCAGUUGUCUAACUCAUUAACCGUGCUUGCUGGGGUUUUUGGGUCUAUGUGGGAUUUAAAAUGUCAGAGGUCACCUUCUACUUACAAUGACCUAAGACUUUAGUGAGUAGUACAUACAUUACAUGGGUUAUUACUCCUUCAAAGUCAGCCAACAGCAAGGCUUAACAAACAAAUGCACAAACACCACUGAAACAGGUUUAAUGGCACUGCCAAAAUCUCUAAAAUAUGCACAUUUUGUGACUUUUUACAAGCCUGCGAAACAUUUUUGUCUAAAUCUUUCCAGGUGUUUGAAUCUUUAAUCUUUCUUUGUGAGUUCAGUGUUUUUGUUUUAACCAUAUUAAGUGAAUGUUUUAUAGUAGAUCUGGAUAAUAAAUCAAAAAUGAGUUUU